GAUUGGACACAGCAGAGAGAGGGGGCGGGGAGAAGGUGUCAUUCCACUUCUGGAAAUGUAAUCACGGUGAUGGUGGUUGCCAGGAGAAGAAGUCAAAAGCUGAUGGAUUUCACCUCUGGGAUCCUCCUCCCGCUGCUUUUGAGCGGCGCAGGGAUCUUCAGUCUCUUCCGGUUGCUCAGGUGGAUCCAGGCGAGGGCCUACCUCAAGGAUGCAGUGGUGGUAAUCACAGGCGCGACUUCUGGGCUGGGGAAAGAAUGUGCCAAAGCUUUCCAUGCUGCGGGAUCCAAACUGGUGUUGUGUGGUCGAAAUGGAGAGAGACUUCAAGAUGUUCUUCAGGAGCUGUCUACUGCUGCUGACCCCCUCAAAAAUGCCCAUAAACAUCACACUGUGGUUUUUGACCUCUCGGAUAUCAAAGCUGUAGUUAGUGCUGCUAAGGAGAUUUUGGAGUGCGUGGAUCAUGUCGACGUCUUGAUUAACAACGCUGGGAUCAGCUACCGAGGCACCAUAGUGGACACAGUGAUGGAGGUGGAUCGGAAAGUGAUGGAGACCAAUUACUUUGGUCCAGUUGCUUUGACGAAAGCACUUUUGCCUUCCAUGAUCAAGAGGAGGAAAGGCCACAUCGUCGCGAUCAGCAGCGUGCAAGGCAAAUUCAGCAUCCCCUUCCGCUCGGCAUACGCAGCCUCUAAGCAUGCGACUCAAGCCUUUUUUGACUGUUUACGAGCCGAAGUGGAGCGGUUCAACAUCGAAGUGACGGUCGUGAGUCCCGGCUACAUUCAGACGAACCUUUCGCUAAAUGCCGUCACGUCUGAUGGAUCCCAGUAUGGAGUGAUGGACAAGACCACCAGCGAAGGCAAGGCAGCCACCGAUGUGGCUCGCGUGGUUCUCAACGCUGUGGGGGAGAAGAAAAAAGAGGUCGUGGUGGCCGGGUUCCUGCCUUCCCUGGCUGUGUACCUCCGAGCGCUCUGCCCCACGCUCUUCUUCACCUUCACGGCAAGGAGAGCUCGCAAGGAAAAGAAAGCCAAGGCAUCGUAGCCCCCCACAGACCGGGCUGUGCCAAAUCGUGGACUGCAAGCAGAAGCUGCGUGUUAUCGUAUCUUCGAUCAGUGGAGAACUGCGAGAGCUUUUACCCUUCCUUGCGCCAAGAGUCUCGGGGCAACAAUCAUGGCCAACUGAAAGUCUUCAUGCACCGCAAAGCCUUUUGUAUGUACAAGGCAAGCAGUCAAUCCUAGGGAGUUCAACUUAGAUUCAGUGAAUGAAAGCUGCAUGCUGACACGUUUCCCAUUUAGUUGAGCUUCCAGAGACAAUGUGCCAUCAACAGCUCGGUAUUCCUGAAUUCUUUCUGCUAUCACCUGUAUUUCAAGCUGCCUUUCAUGUCUGCUUUGUAAAUGAGAGAGGGAAAGAAGCGAGUUGUCCCCAGCAGCUAUUAAAAUCUCCCAAGCUAAAAAGAAUAGCGUGGAUGUUGUUCAUGAGAGACUUACAGGCAUUUAGUAUCUGAGAUAGAAAAGCUACUUCGUAUAUCACACAAAACCAUAAGGGAGUUUGUUUCAACUAGUACGGCGUGCCAACCUAGCCCAGGGUUCAAUAAACAGUUGACUCAGCACCAUGUGCA